GGUAUCGACGUUCGGAUGGAUCCGCCCAGCGUGAGGAGCGCAGGUGUGAUAAGGAAGCUCCCGCAGGUGCUGGCUGUGAGCACCAACGGCGUCCCCCUGAUCCUUCAAGUCAUGCUGGUGGUUUCCUGGCUCUUAUGGAUGUCUUGUUGCAGUCCAGCUGUGGGGGGUCCGGCUCAGCACGUGACUUUGUUGGAGGGGUCGAAUCCCCUGGUGAGAGAUGAUGAACGUUCAUCAUCGUUCCGUCGCCUCCCGGUCUUCUGGCACUCGCACAAGCCUCUUGUAGCCAAAGAGCUGCUCCGGCCGGCGCCUCGCCGGAGCUCGCUCCCCGCCGAACUCGGUUCGCUGCUGUUCCCACAGGCACAGCGACACCUGAGCACGGCCCGGGGUCCACGUGCACGCCCCGUGCAGGUUUGGUGCAGCAUGAACGAAGUGCUUGUGCUCGUAGACCGCUUCCAGUUACGCGCCUGGCCACUUCCGUCCUUGUUCAGUCUGGGAUCCUGUCAGCCCACCGCCGUGUCUCCGAACUUCCUGUUCUUCCAUUACAGACUGACGGAUUGUGACAGCACGUCUCAGGUAGUGGGUGGUCAGCUGGUGUAUACUUAUUCUCUGGACUAUAGUCCGCCACCACAAGGCCACAUAGUCCGUGUGCUACCCUUUCGACUGCCCAUCCACUGCUAUUACAACAGGUUUCAUUACUCCUACAAGGUUGGCUACACACCCCAGGUUCAGCACACCACCUUCAUGAAGACCAUCAGAAGUCAACUCGGCUUCCGCUUGACUGUCUGCACAGCCGAGUGGGAACCCAUCAUGACCGGCCACUCUGUGGUCUUGGGGGAACCCGUGUAUUUUGUGGCGGAGACCGGAACCCUGUUGCCAGGCGAGAGACUCUAUGUUGACUCGUGCCACGUGACCAACUCCAAAGACCCAAAGAGCACGCCCAGAGUGGACAUCAUCACCAAUCAUGGCUGUAUGACGGACAGCUUGAGGGUGGAGAGUUCCUCCCACUUCUGGUCAAGGAAGGCUAACAUGUUGAAGUUUUCAAUCGAUGCCUUUCUCUUCAGAGAACUUUCCCAGGUACUGCACCUCCACUGUUCCAUGUCAGUCGGUGUCACCACUUCCCAGACCGCCAAGUCGUGUAACUACAACCAAGCUACUGGCAGGUGGGAGGACUUGGAGGCGCCACCCUCCAUAUGCUCCUGCUGUGAUUCUGCAUGUGGUGACCUGCAGGACCCUGUGAAGAACAUGGUCACUAGUCCUGGAUGGCUAACUCGCCGAAACCGUGAAGGGAGGCCAAGCAUGAAGACGAUAUCCUUCCCGUCAGAGGAAGAGGCGGCGUGGAUCGAUCAGGAAGGGAAAAGAAAACACAAAGACACUUCCCCAUUGGAGACGAACACGGACCAUAAGAAGACCGAGGAGACCAUUCUUGAUUUGGGAAAAGAAGCGAGGCCCCGCUUAUUCAUGGGCGAAUUUAGCGAAGUGGCCAAGCAGGUUCGCGUGGAUUUAGGACCCCCCGAUGACCAACAGCCACAACAAACAUUGGAUCAGAGUGUUUCUGAAGCCACCAAUGCUUCUAUGAACGUCUCGGCUAGUUUCGACGCUCCACUCGCUCCACACAAUUCCACCUUUCUUGGUCAUCUUGGUUCUGCCAUGACAACAAACGCGACUCCGGAGGUUGAACUGUGCUUCAGUGGCGUCAACAGCAGUUGCCCACCCACAAAUGAUACACUCCAACGAGAAAGGGGUCGGAAUGCCACUGAAAGUCACUCUCCUGGCUCUGUGGAGAGUCCACUUGCGUUCAAUACGUUGGACAAUGUUCACUUCCAAUCUGCUGAUGGACUCUUGGACGACUUAAGCAGUGAAGGACUUGACAGAGUUGAGCACAUGCUUCAAAGUCUACUGAUCAGAGGGUUGGAAUUGGACCAGUUUGCCCAGUUCAGAGGCCCAAUGUGUGUGGAAGGGAAGUGUGACUCCGGAGUUGAAGACGUUAAAGCUCUCCGUCAUGGUCAGUUUGCUGCUGUCGUCAAGAAAAAUGCUGCCCGGCAAGACCGUGUUGUUUCUGAGGAAGUGCUCGACGAGCGCUGACAUCCUGCUGCGAUGAGCGUUACGAGUACAAGACAUAUGUCACAUGACCACAGCAUCUAGGGAAAUGGAAACCAAAUGAUGGAUUCAACCUUCUGAAAACACACUCGAUACGAGAAAGUCACAUGUGUUGUGUAAUGCAAUAAUACAACAAUAAAUUCCACCCUAAUUCUGUU